AUGGAGGAUUGCGCUCCAUCUACAUCGAGUGAAGUUACGGUGGACAUUGAGUUGAUGAGGUGUGGAUUAUGUCAUGAUGUGUAUGUUGAUCCGUGUCGUAUGAUCUGUUGUGGCAAGACUUGUAAGUUUUUUGGAGGACUUUGGGAGGGGGGGGAAAGGUUUUUUUUGCUGGAGAGGGAUUUUUACUUUAGUUGGGUAUGGCUUUUUUCCUUCUGGGAGGGGUAUUUCUUUGUUUUUUUGAAAUUUCCUGGGGGUAGAUCUUAGUAGUCUUGGACUUCGAGAAAAUAUCACGUUAUCAAAGCUUUGGCUAUGGCCAAGAACAUUGCUAGGGAGAGAAGAGGGGCCUUGGCUAUGGCAUUUUUAUAACUUCUUGGCAGUAUUGUUGACUUACAUGUACCUUUUUCUUUGUAUCCCUUUUUGAAUCUAUUCUUUGCUGUAACAUACAUUACUAUCAAAUUUUUGCAGUAAAACGUCAUUUUAAAAACGAAAAAAGGAAAAAAGUAACUUUUUGCAAUGAAAACUUAUAAAGUUCAGAAACCAGUUACUUUAUAAUCAAGUAUUUUUUGCUACGGAAGUUGCGUUAAGUUUAAAGGGCAAUUUUCAAAUGUUUUUUUGGUAGUUUUAAGGCAAGAAUUGUUAUAUCUAACAAAUCUUACAAGGAAAGUACUCAACCUGCCCGCUUAGAAUUAGCUCAAAAUUAUUUAUAUGAAUUCUUUGUACCACCAGUAAUAUUCAUAAAAAAUUUUAGCUUGCGCUUUUGAGUUUAAAAAUCUAAACAUUUGAGUUUCCCGUCAAUUUGGAAAAUUUGGCAUUGUGUUUCAAGCACUCUUUUCGACUUUUCAGACAAGCUACGCUUAUAAAUUAAAAAAAUUUAGGUCUAUUUAAAGGUUUGCUACUAGUAUAUCGAAGAAAAAUGAUUAAAAGUCAAAAAAUGACAAAGUUAUAAGCUUGAAAUACAAUGCCAAUUUGGCUGGAAAUUCGAAACGUCAUUUUCUGCUUUUGAUUUUUUCAAGAUUUACUGGGAAGCAAGAUUUAGUACUUUGCUGAAAAGUUUAUAUUUACAUGGUGUUUUUAUAUAAAAAGUUUGAAGUCUAUCAAAAAGAGGCAGGUCGGGUACUUUUCUUAUCAAUUUUUUAAGUUUUUUGAUAUUUUUUGAAAAAAAAAUCUUAUUUAAUCAUUUUUAAUGCCAUGCUUAUAUUCAACAAUCCCUAAUGUUAUCACUUGCUCACAACGCUUCACUUUUACACUUUUUGUUACCUAAAAGCCAAUUUUUUGCUUAAUACUGUCUCAUCUCUCCACCCACCCCCCCCCCUCCUUAAAUUUUCAAUUUUUUUGCUCAAAACCCCCCUCAAGCCUUAAAUUUUCAAUUAGAGCGAAACGAGACUUUCCCGCAUAUUUCAUUUGCAUAUGUUUUCGCAUUCUCUAUUUCACAUCCGGCUUUCGGCGAUCGAUUACAUUUUCCUUCAUUUCAGAUUGUCGUAUUUGCAUUGUAUUGAAGUCACAAUGCACUUGUGCGGAAAGUAAUGGCGGUUUGGAAGGAAAUGAAUCUACAGUAGGGUCGGAUACUGUUGGGACUUCUACAGGAGAUUUGGUUGAUGGAAGGACAGCGAGUGGGGUUGAAGGGGCUGCGGCUAGUACUUCAAAGGACGGUACUAGCUCAUCGAAAGCAUCUGCGAGCUCAGCAAAAUCAGCUACAAGCUUAGCCAAACCUUCUACAGCAAGAAAGCCUAGGUCGACCUCUACCUCAACAUGCCUAACUUCCUCAUCCUACGUCCCAGACGAACAACUCCGCGACCUCACGAUGGAACUGUUUCCAGUAGAAGCUGCCCAAGCCUACUUCAACAAGCUCAAGUUCUGCAACAAGUUGCGACAAAAAGGAAAGUUGCGACAACCUCAACUCGAGCUGGCAACACUAUCCCUACUCAAAUGGUCAAAUCAUGUUAUGUUGGCCGAAGACGACAAGAAAAUUGACGUCAGAAUUAGAAUCGACGGUAAGAUUCUGAAGCCGAAUCAGAUGCACGAUGAAGUUGUGGUGGUUGAGGAUACAGUACUGGUGUAUACGGUAGAAUACAACAUGGAAGCGUGGAUAUUGAGGGACUUUUUAAAGGAGAACAAGGGUAUUAAUGGCGAUGUUAUCAUCAAGUUUUACACGAAAGAAAGUGUUGCUGUUGAGGAAUCGUUGAAGAUGUAUCAGAUUCUGAAGAAGAGUGGUCGGUCGCAUGAUGGGAGGUUGUGGUUGUUGGCUGACUUCAGUUGGAAGCCGUUGAACGAAGUUAUUGAAGACAUGCCAGUACUGGAGAAGGAAUGCUACGAGACAGAAGCACCUGUUCUGAAGGCAAUGCUGGAUUCUGAUGAGCCGAGGAUGAUGCAAAUGGGACAUGACAUGGUGAAAAUGGGGCCAGAAAUGGUUAAAAUGACCCCAGAGAUGAUGAAAAUGCCACAAGAAAUGAUAAAGAUGGACCCACAAGCCCUGAAAAUGGGACCAGACAUGGUUAAUAUGCAGUCUCAAGAGCGAUUUAAGAUGAUUGAGUUGCCUGACGGUAAGAUGCUGAUUCCAGAAGGCAAAAUGAUGAUCCACGAAGGUCUGUUGCCAGAACAGUUUAGGCACAACUUUGGCAAUUCACUACCGCGCGCUGAGGACUUCCGACCUAUUUUUGGGGCUCAGAUGGGCACGAUGCAACAAAAUGUAGGGCAGACUUCUAUGGCUCAUAAUAUGGCUGAGAAUCACAUAGCCCCAACAUCUAUAGCUUACAACAUAGCUACGUCUCUACAAAAUCAGAAUAUGAUGCCGAUUUCAAUGCUUCAGAAUCUACCAAAACUUGAAGAAUCAGUAGCCGCUCAUCCAAUCUUGGCCGCUCAACUCCAGCAACCAUCAGCUCACAAGUCUUCAUCAUCUCAGGCCAAGAAGCGGCCAAAUCAAAGCCCAAUAACGAGCAAACCCGCUAAGAUGCAGCAUCUGGAACGACCGUCAAGUACUACACAGUUCGCUACGAAUUCACAGCUACAGGCAAUGCUGGCUGGGGCUCCAUUGCUUCAGAAUAUGAGCGUGAAUCCAAGGAAUGGCAUUGGGAAUGGGCAGAAGAGCACCGUGCAAAAUGGGAUGCAAGGCACGGUAGCUGGAGUUACGGUUGGGAACGGGCAAAAAGUGGCCCAAAAUGGACAAAAAUCUACUAUGCCCAACCUCCAACGCACAAACUCCCCAUUAGAAGCCCCAUUGCUAACUCCAGAAUCCCCAUCUACUAUCAAAAUAGAAGCGACCAGUCAAAAACCGACCGCCUCUUCAGUCAGUAAUGGCUUUGGUAUGGUCGUGAGCCAAGCACGAGCUGUAGCACCAACAAUGACAGUCAGCCAGGCAAUGGCCAUGUCUCGUACGAUGGCCAACAAUAAGAACAAUGGCAUGAAGAACGCAAAUCCACUACUUUUUAAUGCCCUGAAGGGACAAGUUGGCCAGAAUAAGGGUAAUAUUAAUCAUGGUAAAGGAAAUGGUGGACAGAAUAAGGUAGCUGGAAGUUUAAACAAGACUGGAGGUAAAGGUCAGAACUCUUUGAAUGGUAUCCAAAUGAUGAAUGGCAUGUCUACGUUGACUAUACCAUCACCUACGGGCUUCCAAAUGGCUGUUACGUCAAGCCCUGGAGGCAAUUUGGGUUUGAGUUUGGGUUCGAAUGGCUCUAAAACGGCUUCUGGAGCUUCUACUGGAUCUAAAGCGUCUUCUGGAGCGUCUACUGGAGCUUCUAUUGUCAGUCCUGCUGGUAAAAAAACUGCCAUGCCAUCGACUACUCUUAUGUCAUCGCGUAUGACCUCGCCAGUAAACCUGUCAGCCUCUAUGGUUAGUCAAGCUAACACAACAUCAAGCAUGGCUUCGCCAGCCAACAUUCCAGCUUCAAUGGCUUCACCAGUUAACAUACCAGCCUCAAUGACCAGUCCAACAAACCUACCCUCUCCCAGUCCAGCCAAUAUGGCAUUUUUUCAACAAAUGUUGUCGCAACAAAUGCCACAAUUUGCCUUCAAUCCAGUGAUGCUGAGUCAACUCCAAGCCUUUCCCCAACUCUACCAACAAAACCUCCAAGCUCUGAUGGGACAAAACUUUUCGACCUCCAUCUUCCCACAACCAGCUAAGCCUAAAAAGUCGGCCACGGUCCAGCCAAUCGUACGGAACGAGCCUCAGCCAGACAAGGUGUGGCAGGUGUAUAAUUCGAACGACGAGUGCAAGAAGACCAUCAAUCAGAACAGUGUGCCAGUAUCGAUUAGUCAGCCCGGCUCGCUGUAG